AUCCACAGGCGGCGUGGCCUCCGCAGCUCAGCAGGAGCGGCUGCAGCGGGCCGCAGCUAGCGGCGUAGAGGGGGCCAGCGGCGGCUUGGAGGGCACCAGGGCCAGCCGCCGCAAUAGUUCAGGACUUGUGUCACACUCCGUCCCAGUACCACCAUCCAGCGCGCUGUCCGGCGCCCUGCGCACUUCAAGGACGCGUAGCAGCCUGCUGCUGCUGCCCACCAUCCACGAAGAUGCCGCGGCAGCAGCCCGCGACGCACAAGGUCUCGAACAGCAGGGCUUGGAAGCCCAGCAGCAGAUGAUCGUCCCGGUUUCGGGGAUGUCAUUCACGUCAGCGGUGUUCAGCGAGGGCUGGGACGCACCCAGUGGAAGACAGGUCACCCGUGGGCUAUCCUCACCACUGCUGGGUACAAGGGGGCAGUUGGCGGAUAUCGGCGGUGGCGGCGGCAACGCGGAUAAAUGGGAGAAGGG